GGAUGAAGUAUUGGCAGGCGUACGACGAGGUCCACCAGGAGCUCGAGGCCGAGCUGACCGCCGAGCAGGCGUCAGAGGCGACCAGGGCGGCGGCCGCGGCGGCGUCCAGGAGCAUGAUGGAGCGCCGCACGAUCAGGCAGAGUCGGCGGUGGUCGGUCAUGGACCUAGGCGGCGUAGCGCCUGGAGAGGUCGUCGCGGCGCAAGCGCCAGGCGGUGCGAGGCCUCGCGGCCAGCACCAGGGCCGCGCUCUCCGAGAAAUGACGCUCUCCGACGCCGCCAAGCUUUGCAGCCUCAUGGUGAUCCUGCUGUGCGUGAUGUUCCACUACUACCACAAGCACAGAAGUUCUUUCACCAGCUCCACCACCCCUGGCGUCCAGGAGCGACAAAGGGCUCCAAGUUGAGAGCGACAACUGUUUCGUGCUCUCUCGGGCCUCGCCCCGCCACGCGCCGGCGUCUCAGUGCGUGCUCGCUCUUGGUGGUGCCGCUGAUGCGAUGUGUGCCUGACCACCAUCUCAGGAUUCUUUCUGCUAUUGUGCUGCUCGGGGCCGUCCCGAACGCCUUUUCACGAGGACUGCUGUGGCAUGGGGCUAGUUGCAUCCGUGCUCGUAGCCCUGCUCGUGCUCCCAUUCCUGCUUCUCCGUUGGCCCGCGCGCCCGACACGGCUGGCCCCGCGCCCUCCUCCCCGUGGCAGGGACGCCCCUGCUGCCCUGCCUUCCCUCGCCCAUCGAGGUGGGUCAGAGCGUGCUGAGCCCAUGGGCUGAUCUGUCUCGGACAAGCAGUAAGCCGAAGCCGACUCUUGGUCCAGGGACCGACCUGCCUCCUCGUCGCGUCUGUCUCCAGGUCUCUGG